UGUCUGUAGGGGAAGGGAAUUUUUUCAGACAGAAGCAGCAAGCACAGCAGCAGGAACUGGGCAUCAGCUGAGUCACACAACACUGAGAUCGAUUUAAAACACAGAAACACUAAAAGCAUCCACGUACGAAUACUACUGAGUGCCACAGCCAGGAGGUGGGCAUCAGGUGGAAGGUUGGACAAGUGGGCAACUAAUUAACACACUCCAAAUCCACUUAAUUUAACUGGCAAAGAAGAUACGGUUGUCAUGGAGGAGUAUGAUGCACUUGUGCAGGAGCUUACACAGAACAUUACAAAUGAGGAUCUGGAUCAGCUAAAAUCAGCAUGUAAAGAAGACAUUCCAAGUGAGAAAAGUGAGGAAAUUACAUCCUGCCAGGACUGGUUCAACUUCCUAGAGAAGCAUGACAAGUUGGCAAAAGAUAACCUUUCCUACAUUGAACACAUCUUUGAAAUCUCUCGACGCCCCGACCUCCUCACUAUGGUUAUUGACUACAGGACCAAAGUGUUAAAGAUAUCAGAAGAGGAAGAGCUUGACACAAAACUCACCCGGAUUCCCAGUGCCAAAAAAUACAAAGACAUUAUAAGGCAACCUUCAGAAGAUGAAAUCAUAAAACUGGCUCCUCCUCCUAAGAAAGCCUGAAGAGGGGGAUGAGGCAAGAAGACUCAACCCUGUUGGUCUUCGUCGCUAAUUUUCACCUGUUCACUUUGUAUCUCCCUGCUCCCUCCCUGCAGAAUCCAUGUCGGGAGCAAGGUCGCAGCAUGGGAUGGGGUCAGGGGAGAUCUGUGUCCAACGAUGACCACUAACAACAGUCCUUACCCAUUGUAUACUACGUGCCCUACAGUCUGUUCCAAGGCGCGUGUUUCGUAAGCGUGUGUUUUAAUAGAAGUAUCUUUUUUUUUUGUGGGAUACCUGUGGCUAAAUUCUAUUUUUAUUACUUUAUUAUUUUGUGGUUUAGAGAUUUCUAUGCAAAUGGAAAUGGAUCCUUUAUACGUUGUCUUCUUGCUUCAUCAACCUCUCAUCAUCCCCAGCUGACUAUGGCUGGUGUAAAGAGGAACAAGUGUUAGUUAACCCCUUAAUGACCAAUGAUGGAAUUAUCCCAUCAUGGAACCAUUGAGCAAACUGAAGCUGUGUCCUUAAGGGGUUAAAUGGGACAAUUUUGUCUGACAGUGUGCAAUGUUUUUGGUGUUUAACAAGAAACUGGUGGCUGGGUCUAAACUGAACAGUCUAUUGAAUCAAUUCUAUGUUUUGCAGUCAUUACAUGAAUAAAUAGGGAAAAGGGGCUUCAUAGAGAGUUUAAAAUCUAAAAUACAUUCACCAAUCCCAAUAACAACACUUCCAUUAAAAUGUUUUAAUAAAAUUGUCAAUAUGGAUCAACUUUUCUGUCUGUAGCAAAGACAAACAGGCAAACUCUCAUAGCAUUAAGAAUUUAUAUAUCACAAGUUAUUUGAACCAUCCAUGCAGCCACCUCAAGGUUAAAUAUCAGAGUUAUGCAUAUUUGUUCUGGUGUUCCAAUGAAUAUAAUUUUAUUUAUAUAAUGUAAACGCAUGAUAUUUUUGUUACCAAAACAACUGGAUUAACAAAUUACAUAAACCACUUUACAUGGAGCAAGGUAACAAACAUUAGGAGCAGAUGAUUAAGAAAUUAAAACUAAACAACCCCUCCAUAUAGUUUACAGUCUAGUAAUAUAAUUGUAAUCUCAUUAAAGAAAAACAUUUUUUAUUUAAUACCAUUCCAUGACCUACUGUAUUAAAAAAAAUGUGAAUUCCAGUGGUUAAGUUAUUGGCUUUUGUCAUGUGUUGCAAACUUAUCUGGCAGAGCAGAGGUUAAAGGUACAUGAAACCCACAAUUUUUUCUUUCAUGAUUUAGAUCGAGCAUGCCAUUUUAAACAACUUUUUAAUUUACUUCUAUUAUCUAAUGUGCUACAUUCUCUUGAUAUUCUUUGCUGAAAAGGAUAUCUAGAUAGGCUAAGUAGCUGCUGAUUGGUGACUGCACAUAGAUGCCUCGUGUGAUUGGCUCACCCAUGUGCUUUGCUAUUUAAAUUAAGCAAAUUAGAUAAUAGAAGUAAAUUGGAAUGUUGUUUAAAAUUGUAUUCUCUACCUGAAUCAUGAAAGAAAAGUUUUGGGUUUAGUAUCCCUUUAAAGUAGAUAGGCCUCUUUCCUUACACUCCUAUUGUUAGUAGUUUUGCUAGUAAGGGAAUAUAAUUCCUCUUCAUGUUGUAAAGGGAAAAGAAGGUGGAUUAGAAGGAGGAAGGAAACCAAAUUGAUCUGGUAGAUGGACGAGGCAAGUACAGAAUAUGAAUAUAUGAAAGAUUUUAGUUAUGUAGACUGAGAGUAUACGCAUGUAAUGUAAUGUGUAGAUUAAUUAAAAGUAGGUCACACAUAUUAGAUCAAUACAUCUACUUUGUUUUGAUUUAUUAGCCUUAGUGCAUCAAAUUCCUAACGUGAUGUUUAGGCAUAUUAGCCAUUUUAUAGCUAAAGAGAACUAUUAUCCCAAGUAUUCUGAUUAACAAUUCUAUGGAAAUACAAAGGAUUAAAUUAUAAAAUAUCAGCAAAUUAGAGAUCAGGUCCGCAGCUAAUUUUAGCUAGAGUUACUUGAACUUAGAACAUACUAUUAACAUUCCAGGCUGUAUUGGGCUUUCCUGGUGAUUUGGAUUUUAUUUAUUUUGCUAUCCACAUUUAAAAUAGAUACUAGUGAGAGUUCUAUGGAACGUUGUGUAGCAGCUACAUGCAGCUGGUAUAAUAUUGUACAAAAGGCUCUGUAUUACACAGCUGCACAGUUGAGUUCUGCCUGUAAACAUCAGACUGAUGGGCUUAUCCAGUGGGAAUUUUAUAGACGUUCCAUAGAAAGAUCACAGGUUGACAACAAUGGGCAUUAUUAGCAAAGGUGAAGAUGGUUUAGUAGAUAUCGUACUUUACAGCACAAGAUACUAAGUUAGACACAUAUAUGUACAGCUAGCAUGUAAUGAUGAGACGGAGUCGCUGAUUAUUUUGCCUUGCAAGAUUUAAAGGAAAAGAUAGAAACAUCUGAUUACCAGCCUCUUAUAGACAGAAAUCUAAUCCAGCAAACAAAUAGUUUAUUUUUUUAUUUUACGGAGGAAUUUAGUAGAGAUUUACAAUAGUCAAUAUACUAGGACCCAUAAGCAGGAUAUGUGAUCACUCUAAGUGGACACAUAGGCAGUUUAAAACAAUGAUCUGUUGAAACUAAGAUAUAUGUUUAUUCUUGCCUUAUUAUUUGCAAAUUCAUAAGGUUAUAGAGAGCUAUUUUAGGAUUGGAAAGGUUGCCAAAGGAAGUGGCUCAAAGACAAAUCAUUAUAUCUGGCAAAACCUUGAUCUCAAACCGCAAUAUAUCUUCAUCCUAUGCCAAUUUAAAUGCUUAGCUGUACAAUCCAGUGAGAUAUUCAUACUGGUCAAGCAAUUAAUAGUCAAAUGGACACAAAUGCCAACAAGUCUGCUCUGCUGUGGAAAUCAGAUAAUGCCCUAAAUUAGAAUUACUAUGAUAGAUAGAUAGAUAGAUAGAUAGAUAGAUGUCAAGAACCAAUUAAUCAUUUUUAUUGAGUGAUCUUAACAUAUUGCCUUUAUAGUCUGUAAAAAGAAGAUCAUGAUUCAAGAAAAUUCACACAUUUAAAUUGAUGCUAGAGGUGGCCUUUCUUCUUAAAAUGCAUAACUUUGUAAGUAGACAAUUAAAUAGCAAAUAAUAACCUGUUGGGAAUUUUAAGCUGCAAAUCACUGUCAUUGAGGUUGUUCUGAUGUUACAAUACUAAGGUCAGAAUAAAUGGGAUUGCAUCUAGAUCACUCUCACAUUACUGACAAGUAGCUAGUUGUAAGAAUGAAAAUAAUGGUUUAUUUUACUGGAGAUAAAUACAUAACAUUAAUGAAAAUUCACAAUAACAGGUUGUUGCAGUGAGACAGGAGGACUUAAUGGAAUUAUAAUUAUGGACACAUGGAUGUUUUAGAAAGGAAACCAAUAAUAGAUUUAACCUCUUUCCUAUCACUACAGAUAUUGAAAGCCAACAAAGUUUAAAAAAAAAUAAUUGGAAUCUAUUUUUUUACAGAAGGAAGCAGCAGAUCAAACACAUACUGUACAUACUGCAUAUAUUACCAUGGUCCAAAAUCAUGGACCCUAUCUGAAAUGUAGGCUAUAUUCUGAAUAUAAAAGAACAUUGAUCUAUAUCCCAACUUUUUCAGAAAACAAUUUAGUGGACCAAACGCUUUUUCUGUAUCACAGUACUUCUCUAUAGUCCUCUUAGUAUGUGCCAGCUUACUUAUUGUUUGACAGUUUUAUUUCAGACUACACUGUACUUUUGAAACAUCAAACAUUGUUCAUAUGUUCAGAAUACCUUUGUGCCUAAACCAAAAAAUGUAUUAUUUUUUUGUGCGCCACUAUAUUGAUCUCACACUGCCUAAUCAAGCAGAUCACAGAGCCAGAUUUCCUAAAGGAGCAAAGCCCAACUACCUAAAAUAUAGGCACAUAAAGAUUCCAUAUGGUAAGCAGUACAUUCCAAGUCACUCUAGGGAAGUAAGGAUGAUCUUAUGCCAAAAGUAUCAUUAAAGGGAAACUAAACCCACAUUUAUUUUCUUUUAUGAUUUGGAUAGAGCAUGCAAUUUUAAGAAACUUUCUAAUUAACUUUUAAUACAUUUUUUUCUUCAUUCUCUUGGUAUCUUUAUUUGAAAAAGCAGGAAUGAAAGUUUAGGAUCCGGCCCAUUUUUGGUUCAGCCCCCUGAAUAGCGCUUGCUGAUUGAUGGUUACAUUUAGCCACCAAUGAGCAAGCGCUAUCCAGGUGCUGAACCUAAAAUGGGCCGGCUCCUAAGCUUUUAUUCCUGCUUUUCAAAUAAAGAUACCAAUAAAAACAAAGAAAAAUUGUUAAUAGGAGUAAAUUAGAAAGUUGCUUAAAAUUGCAUGCUCUAUGUGAAUCACGAAAGAAAAAAAAAUUGGGUUUAGUAUCCCUUUAAGUACAAUAAGAUUGCUAAAACAUUCCUCCAAUUUUCUAACUAAGACUCAAACUGUAGAUAAUUGAUGGAUAUUGUUCAGUACUGACCCACUCACCCAUUCCUUCUGUUUGCUGUAUGUCAUCACUCAAUUUGCCAAGGGCCAUAAGAAAUGUGUGCUGUAACUGCUUCUAUCAGAAUGCUAGGAGGGAGUGACGAGUGUUCUCUGUGCUGUGUAUGUAGCUGUGUUUGGGUUUUAUUAUUUAUCAUAUUAAGAGUAAAGUUUCUCUGUUCCUGUGUUAUUACAAGCAUCUCAAGACUCUCGUGUAGGAAUCUAACUUUGGUAACAUUGGAGAUAAAUUCUAUUUAAAAAAAAUAUAUAUUACGGAAAUAUUAAAAAGUAGAACUAUACGCAAUGUUGAUUUAUUUUUAGUUGCUUUGCUUUUUAUAAGCAACUUAGUUGUUUGUGUUUUUGUUAUAUAGAAGUUGCUUUUAACAUCUUGUUCAUGCGCAGUGAGGUCUCUAAAUCCCACCAAUUUAUAUGAACGUGUAGAAAGAGAAAGAAAAGAGACAGGUUUUCAUAGGCUGUUAUGCACACUGCUAAUGUGCACUGCUAAAAAAUAAUACAUGCGUCGUUGGUGGCAGCCAGAGCAGUCCUUCAAGGACCACUAUUUUACUUUUAAUCUUGAUGCAUAAAGGUUAUAUAGCUACAUUUAAUCUACGAUCCACACUCUCUGCAUUACUUUCCCUUAAAGGCGAUAUUUUAGACCCUACAAACAUCUUAAAGUGGAUGUAAAUUUUGAUGCUAAAGUGCCCGGUUUUUAAAAAUUUGAUUAAAAACAGGGGCACAUUAAUUCAUCAAAAUUUACAUUUCACUCGUUGUGAAAAAAAACUUACCUUUUAAACUUGACAGCAGCUCCAGCUUCCUCCGGUCGUCAUUUCUGAUGUCAGAAAUGAUGGAUAGAUCAUCCUCGAAUCACGGCUUUCCCCCCAGUGGAAUCAGUGUCUGAUUCAAUGCCGUGAUUGGAGGAAGCCGGAUUCCUCAUUUUAGACCCAGGAAGAGGCUUUGCGACGGGUGGAGGACGCUGGAGCUGCUGUCAAGAUUAAAAGGUAAGUUGUUUUUUUUACACAACAGGAGUGAAAUGUAAAUUUUGAUGAAUUAAAGUGCCCCUGUUUUUAAUCAAAUUUUUAAAAACCAGGCACUUUAGCAUCAAAAUUUACAUUCACUUUACAUCUUAAUUUCUUCUUUAGAAAGCCCUGAAGGCCUUGUUGCCCGGUGCUUCGCCUUUCCAUUUGAAUACAUGCUCCUAGGAAUUAUGACCAUAUCUGCUCCUGAUUGUAAACAUGCUCCCAGUCAAUCAUGGCUUUUGCCCAAAGGGAAAAGAGGCUCUUUAUGGUAAUAAAAAAACUAAAAAAAAAAUGUUGUCAGAACGUGUUGCAUAUACUUGAGGUAUCAGCCCCUAUAUGAAAUUAUUUACUAACUUCCCUGCUACCAGCAACAGCUUAAAAAUGUGAUCUUGUGGGUUAUGAAGAAAAAGCUUUUAUAGGCAAAAUAGUAAAGCAGUUUUCAAGCUUGAAAUAUAUUCUUGGAGAGUGAACAUUUCAAAACACACAUUGGAGUAGCACCCCCUAAAACCCACAGUUUCAUUCAAUUUCCUGUUCCCAAAUGCUUCAGAAAAAGCUUGUCUUUAAUUCACCCCUCCCGCUUGAACCUGUAGCUGUCGAUAAUUUAAUCAUGUGUGGCAAAAAAAACACACAAAUCAAAAGUAGAGGAAAUAGGAACUAAAUAUGUAACAUUUUCCCUGUCAAACUCUAUAUUAUCUGAAAUAGUAGCAAACUUUGUAACAUUUUUAAGGUGGUACUCAUUUAUAGUCCAAGUUGCAGAAAAUCAUUUAAAUGAGCUUCAAGUAGAAAUUACCAAUGCAGCUAGUUCCACCUUUUUUUUUUUUUUUUGUUCUCCUCAGCUGUUCUCAUUAAGUGCAUGUAGUUAUUUCCCAGAAUCCUUGGAAAGACAUUACUCCAAAUUACGCACAUUGUUCCAAAUUUGGAGCUGAAUUCCUCACUAAGCUGUGUCUUUUUUUCGGGGGGGAAUAUUAAAUGCUACAAUCAGAAUCUAAAUGUCUCUCACUCUAACACAAAAUGGUGCAAAUAUAUUUAGCAAUGACACUGAUUGUAGCUUAUUCUAUAAAAUACUGAUUGCAGCAUCUUCUAUAAAAUAACUAUUAUUUAUAUAUUUAACGUGCACAUAGCUAAAGUAAAUAAUUUUAGUACAGUCAAAAACAGAAAAGAUAACUAGCUCCAAGAGUAUAGCAAAAUAAUUAGAGUUCUGUUACCAUAAAUGAGUUAUACAUAUUGAAUAACAUUUCAGAUAUAAUGCAGUAAUUUAAUUUCUAUGUGUGUACCUUAAAUUUUGGGUUGAAACAUGCUAUUUAUAGGUAUUUGUUAGUUAACUUCAGUGAAUCAGUAGAUGGAUGGAAAGAUAACUGAAUAAAUGUAAAGGGUUGCAGCCCUAAGCAUUAUGGGAAAUUAACUCAAAAUGGUGUUGGUCAAACAAGAUAAUCAGUUGCAGACGAAGGGCACAUAAAGAACACAUUUUUACCUUUUACCUCAGAAGCUUGGAGCUUAAAAUAUAACAUUUUGGGAGUAACCUUUAAUACUUGAAGUUGUGCAAAUCAAAAUUUUGCUCUAAUCAGUUUAUAUCUUUUUCCUAUAAAUGAUGGAAAAUUAAAAAAGCUGCCUAUGGAAAAAGCCAUAUUAGAAUUAUCUUAAUAUGAGUUAAAAUAAAAAGGAAAACAAGAUAGAAUGCUCUUAUUUAGCAGAAAAAUGCCUAAUUUGUAGAAUACCAAAUGUUAGACUUUUUAUGUCUAUGUUAUUGCUGAAUUAUAUUUUCAUUUGCUCUCUCCUAGCAUUUAACGCUCAGACCGUGUUAACUGUGUGUACAUAUAUAUUAUAAAUAUAUGUAUAUUAAAUAUAUUAAGUGUUACUCUUGCUGUUUAGUGUUAAUUUAUUGCCAAGCAAAACAAGACUUGAGAUGGGGGAAUCUGCUUUGUUUUUCUAUAUUAAAAAAAAAAAAACCUUAAAAAACUGGGGAGAGGGAAAUACAAAACUAUGACAGAAAUAUAUAUAUUUUCUAAAUAUGAAAAAAAAGGAAAUAUAUAUUUAAAAAUAUAUUUGUACUCUGCUGUAAUUGUGAUAAUAUUAUGUUUGACUCCAACAGAAAAGCUUACUGCCAAAUUUUAGGAGUUAAAGGUAUAUAAAAAUGCUCUACAACAAAAGUGGUGCCUUAGAAGGACAUUCAAAUUCAAAAAUAAUGUAAUUUGUUACAACAUUUUUUGCACUAGUGUCUCAUUUAAAAUGGUUAAAUACAUAUGUAAAGUUCCCCUCUGGAGCAACAGGCACAUUGCAGCUGCUAAGUAAGACACGGACAGUGAUUGUAGGCUACAUGUUUAGGUCAAUCGUAAUUGGUUUAUCAACUUUGUCCUGUUCAGGAGUUGGACUUUAAAUAUGAAAUAAAAAGGAAAAUCCUCCCAAGAAUUCUGGUGGUAUGAGUUGCAAUUUGGCUGGCAGCAAACCAUGUAUUUUUUUAUUAUUGUUUUAUUUUGGACAGUGGAAGACACCGUAGGCAGAUAUAGAAAAUACUGUUUUUGUUAUGGUUUUUAAGCCCCUUUUACAAUAUACUUUACUAAAGAGUUAACCUAUAAUAAAUUAGAGGUUUGUUUGUAUGGUAAAUGAUAUUAUAAAGUUUGCAAAAGUGAAAGCUUUUGUUGUGUUUAUAUAUUGAACAAACUGAUUAUUUAAGAACAAAUAGUUGUUUCCUUUUGCAGGGGAGGCAAUAUGUUUUUUAACAUUUUUGAAAACAGAGGAAUAAUAGGAUUGCCACCUAAUUAUUACUAAAUGAACAAUUAUUACACUCGGUAUAGCUAACAAGGUUUGGAGUAACAGAUCUUGCACAAUGACAGCAGAUGAAGACAUUUAUUGAGAGAGAAUAGAAAAAGUAAGAGACUUUGGUAAGGGGGGGAAAAGCAGUAUAUAAUGUGAAAAAAAUACUUUUAACAACAUUUUGCACUGAAUAUUACAUUCUAUUGCCUCCCAUCAAGGGUUCCUUGUGUGCUCAACUUUGUUAAAAAAAUAAAUAAAUAAAUAAAAUUUAAAAAAAAGGUAGAAAAAUAUAAAUAUUGUUAGAGGCAAAUGAAAGUGAUUAAAAUCCCACGCUUUGCUUUUGCAUUUGAACUGUUAAAAAAAAAAAGGCAACAAAAAUGGUAUUUGUGCUAAUAAAGUUUAUGUAUUGAAUAAA